AUGCGCCUGCUGCUCGCGCCUGCAGCACACCUGCUGCUGAUAGAUCCGCGUCAAAAUGCUGCUGCUGUGAAUACACCCAGUAGCAGCUACGACCAGCAGGCCUGCAGCAGCAGCAGCAGCAGCAGCAGCAACAGCAGCAGCAGCAGCAGCAACAGCAGCAGCAGCAGCAGCAACAGCAGCAGUGACAGCAGCAGCAACAGCAGCAUGAGCAACAGCAGCAGACGCAGCAGCAGUAAUAGCAGCAGCAGUAACAGCAGCAGCAGCAACAGCAGCAGCAGUAAAAGCAGCAGCAGCAGCAGCAACAGCAGCAGCAGCAGCAAAAGGAGGAUUAACUCAGCAAGCUGCCCUCAAAGGGAUGCAGCAGCAGCAGCAACAGCAGCAACAGCAGCAGCAGCGACAGCAGCAGCAGCAUCUGCAUCUGCAACAAACAGCUGUAGCAACAGGAGCAGCAAACAGCAGCAGCAGCAACAGCAACAGCAGCAGCAGCAGCAGCAGCAGCAGCAGCAGCAGCAGCAGCUUUCUUUACCUGCAUGGCGCAAGAAGUAUACAUUUAGGAUGAUGUCUUCCUUCGAUGCAGCAGCAGAAACAUCAGUGCUGCUGCUGCUGCUGUUGGUUGCUGCUGCUGCUGCUGCUGCUGCAGCAACUGCUCCUGCUGUCGGUGUAGAUGUUGCCGUCAUUUGCACGUGA